AUGCAAAAGGCACGGGACAAAUGUCAACAUGUGGAAACCACCUUGGAGUCACUGGAGGAGAAGCUGGGUCACAGGGAGGAUCAACUUGACUCUGCAGAAGAUUCACUCAUCAAUGAUCUCCGUCCGGGUGCCGAAACUACCGACAACGGCAAACCUCCAGAGCCUUUGAGCCGCCGACCCCCUUCUUCUCUCCCGCCUCUACUCCUCGGUAUCGGCCCAGAGAGACCCGAGGACUUCCACCCUCUCUACAAGAAAUUCAUGUCAGCGGUCGGGUACCUCGAGCUCGCCGAGGAGCACCACCAAGAUCUUCUCUUCCGAAAACAGUCCAUCGAACGCGAACAGGGUCAUCUGAGGCUUGCUCAAGACUACCGUCCAACCGAGAACAACGCCAUCAACAGGCAGCUCGAAAACCAGGAUUUGAAAUUCCUCCGCGAUUUUGAUCUUCACAUGAAAGAGAACCUCCUCGAGAUGGAAAGACUUUGUGAAGAGGUGGAACGGCUUCGACAAAUAUGUCAGGAUCGAGGCGUGUUUCCCAAGCACGCGCCUCUGCAUGAGGCUUAUAGAUUUGAGCGGGACCUUGGUGACGACCUGCUUCUAAAUCUCAGUCAAACCGAGGGCAAAGAGGCCGGUCCAUUGUUCACCUCCCGUUUCGCGGUCCUACUCUACAGCCCCAACCACCUUAUCGAGGAUACUCCGAUUACAGCAAAGGCAGCUUUGAAGAGAGCCGUAAGCGUCAAGGAUGGCGAUCCCCUCUAUCCAUUCAAGGCGGAAAUGUUCGCCGCCGCCGCCAAAGAGUUUCUCAUCGAGCACCUUAUCCAAGAUGCCAAUGAGUCCGACAAGACUGACUUUAUCAACCGCUGGCUGCUACACAGACUGAGGACUUCUGCCGUCGAAGUGGAGCUUCUCUACUCAUUGUUUAUCUCUUCCUCUUCCUUAACGAUUCUCAACAUGGAACAGUGGCAACAGGACGUUCUAUUCUACUGGACAAGGGAUGAGCAGGCACGGCUUCCACCCGAGCGGUACAUAGGUCCCGUUACAUCGGAGUACACGCAAGGGCAAUCUGUAUUCACCGAAUCGUCUGUCAAAUCCAGCCUGCAGAGCGACCCACCCGAAGAGCCCUCCACGGCUGCACCUUCAACACCAUGA